AGAAAAUUUUGUGCUUUGUUACCGGGCAGACUGAUUCGCAGCAAUGGACAAGGCAACCUCGUUGCUGCAGGCCCUGCCGUCUUCCAAGGUCUGCAACUCUCUCAGUGCAGCGUCUGCUGCUGCCAACGCGGCUGAGGAGGGGAGCAAGUGCUGGGCAGUGCUUCCACUGGGCAAGUCAAGCUGGCAGGAGGUGCACGCAGCCUUGCAACAGGGAUGUGGUCAGCUGGGGGUGCUUCUGGUGGCCAGCCAGAGUCCUGUGUCCCAGCUGGAGGUUCUGCGAGCCAUGGAGUAUGGCGGAGUCUAUGUCGCGAGUGCAGAACUGGAACGCCCAGGAGAAUGCCUGAAGGAAGCUGCAAGCUUUACUUCUGGCCCAUCAAUGGUUUUGUUGGCAGAGGCGGCAGCUAUCAAGGGUGAUGAGCGUUGGACUGCCUUCCGGUAUGACCCGCGCAAGGAGGACCAAGGCUGCGCCUUUGUCACCGACAGCGAGCGAGUUCGAGAAGAAAUUCAGGGCUUCAUUUCAAGAGAGAGUCUGCUGACCCUCAUCGCCAAGAAGUCUCUGCCAUCCGCAAAUGCGGGCAAGGCGGAAGCUGGCGCGUUGAGUGAAGGCUUGGCAGCUGCUUCGAAGACCGUGACAAUUCUCUAUUCCUCAGACACUGGACAUGCCGAAGAAUGUGCUAAAGCAGUUGCGCGUCAGUGCCGCAAUGGAGGUUAUGCCAGCAGCGCUGUCCGAUGCGCCACCAUGGAUUCGUUUGACAUCAGUGCAUUGGCCUCCGACCCCCUGGUUGUCUUUGCCGUGGCAACAGCCGGCAAAGGUGAGUUCUGCGGCAACGGUCGAAACUUUUUCCAGAAGUUGGGCGACCGCUCGGACCUUUCAUUGAGUGAACUGAAGUACUGCAUUUUUGGCCUUGGAGAUUCUCACUACUGGGGCAAGGGCACCGAGGAGUCCAAGUUCAACUUCGCCAAGCCGGCACGGGAUUUGGACAAUUUGCUGGAGAAGAUGGGAGCUCAAAGAAUGAUGCCAACCGGAUUCGGUGAUGACCAGGAUGUUGACCAGUACCACACGGGAUUUUCGGAGUGGAAAGGUCAGCUUUUCUCUCGUCUUGGUGUGGACAAGGCUGACGCUGCUGGAGGAGGUGACGACGGUCCAGUAAAGACUGACGAGCAGAUCAAGGUGGAGACCAGGCAGCUUCGAGGAAGUAUGAAGGAGAGCCUGGAUGAUAUCACCACUGGGCAAGUCCCCUUCCAGGACACCAAGCUCAUCAAGUCUCACGGCAGCUACCAGCAGGAUGAUCGCGACCUGCGAGAAGAGCGCCAGAAGAUGGGUGUUGAGAAUGCAUUCAGUUUCAUGAUUCGUGUGCGGCUGCCGGGCGGCUUUUGCACCGCCGAGCAGUGGAUCGCAAUGGACGAUAUUUGCCAGAAGUUUGCCAACGGCACGUUGAAGAUCACAACCCGCCAGACGUGGCAGGUCCACGGGGUGCUGAAGAGAGACGUGAAGAACACGAUGAGGGCCAUGAACAAGGCGUGCAUGGACACUUUGGCCGCUUGUGGAGAUGUCUGCCGCAAUGUGCUGUGCACAUCUCGCCCUGAUGUUUGCACAAAGGAGAUGCAUGCGGAGGUCCUGCACUACACCUAUGACAUUCAUGAUCAUUGCCUUCCUCGUUCUGGUGCGUAUCAUGAGAUUUUCCUCAUGAAAGGCGAUGAGAUGGCAGAGAAGAUUCAAAUCAUGGGCUCCACACCGGUGGAGGAAGAGCCCUUGUACGGCCUGACGUAUUUGCCACGGAAGUUCAAGGUGGCUGUGGCCAUUCCUCCCAGCAAUGAUGUUGAUUUGUUCGCACACUGUGCAGGCUUCAUUGCCAUCAUCGAGCAGAACAAGCUUAUUGGCUUCAACGUUACUGUGGGUGGUGGACUUGGAUUCACUCACAACAACCAGAAGACCCACCCUCGCCUGGCGGAUGUCAUCGGCUUUUGCAAGCCAGGCGAUGCGAAAUAUGUGUGCGAAUGCAUUCUGACCGUGGCACGUGACUUUGGCGACCGCACUGGCCGCAAGCACGCUCGUGUGAAGUACACGGUGGAAGACUAUGGGGCGCAGUGGUUCAAGGAGCAGGUGGAAGAUCGUCUUGGCUUCAAGCUCGAAGAGGCCAAGCCCUACACCUUGGAGCACCGCGGGGACAAGCAUGGCUGGGUGAAAACCAACGACGGAACUUGGAGCUGUGGCCUCCUGAUCCCCAUCGGGCGCGUCAAGGAGAGCUCGCGGGUUUGCAUUCGUGAGAUCGCGGAGUUGUUGAAGGGCAAGGGUGGCUUCCGCAUGACAUGCAACCAGUCCCUAGUGCUGGAGAACAUUGAUGAGGACAAGAAGAGCAAGGUGCAGGAGCUUCUGGACAAGUAUAAGGUGAUGCACAGCAAGGAGACAACUGUCAGUGGCCUGCGCCGCAACAUGGUUGCCUGCGUUGCUUUGCCAACCUGUCCCUUGGCCUUCGCCGAGGCAGAGCGCUAUUUGCCAACCCUCGUGGAGCGCUUGGAGGCAGUUGCGGACAAGUGCGGCAUUGUCCAGGACGACAUUGUCAUUCGCAUGACGGGCUGCCCCAAUUCAUGUGGAAGGCCGUCAAUGGCUGAGAUUGGCUUCAUUGGCAAGGCUCCUGGCACAUACAACAUGUACCUAGGCGCUGACUUCGUGGGCAAGCGCUUGAACACGCUAUUUGCGGAGUCUGUCAGCGAGGAUGAAAUUAUCAAGAUCCUUACACCAAUCUUUAGCCGCUACUCCAAGGAAAAGGAGAAGCACGAGAGGUUUGGCGAUUUCGUGGUGCGAAAGGAGAUCGUCAAGCCGAUGAAGGAUGGCCGAGAUUGGUGGACCACGCCGGAGGUCUGAGUGAAAAUGUAUCUUGGCAGUUUUGUUCAGAUCUUGGUCUGAGGGCUGA